AUGCUACUGAAAGUUUCUGGAAUGCUGCAAAGCCUGCGGACCCUCCUGUGUAACCCUAGGCCCAGGUCUGGUGAACAAGGACGAAGCAGCAAAAGAAAAGAAGAGGGUGCCACAGUUCCCGUGGCUGCUUACCCUAAGAGCUGGCACUUCCUAGCCUGCUGCAGAAAAGCAAGACACCACCAGGAACCUGAACAGCAGCGGAGUUCUGGCAUCAGCACUCCACCAGCCCCACCCAGACCCAAGUGGUAUCAUCUGUCCAGGAAGAGGGAGGCUGUCGCUGUCGAGGAUGGGAGAGAUGCACAGAAACACAGGAAAAGCUCCAGAGGACUUGAAAACCAGUCUGGAGAUCCAUUAGUCAGCAGUCUGCACUGCUCCCCUUUCUCCGCCACCUCCUACAAGUCUGAGCUGGAGGACUGGAAAGUGGAUGAGGAUCUCAUGGAAAUCAUACACAGGCAUAUGGAGGACAGAGAGGAGAGAGCCAACAAUCAGGAUGAGGAUGUCCAUUUCCUCGCGGUCCUCUGUGCUUGCUGCAAGGCUGCAUAUAAGAGCGGCCAGGAGACUCUGGAUCUCCCCUACAGCAAAGGAGAAUUGCUAAAGGAAAUCGUGGUGGUGAUGGAGAAGUCCCCUGUGCAGUCUGGGCCUACCAUUCUCCUGCUUUAUGCCAUGGCUGCCGUCUCCUGCCUCAGCAAAAUCAAGCCUCCAACUGACCCAGAGCUAGAGUCUGCGAUCCUGCGCUUCGCUGUUCACGGGGUCAUAAAGGUGCAAGCAGGACAUGUCCACAAACAGGUACAUUCUUAUGGAAUUCAUCAAUGUUCCGGCAAACACACCUCCUGGAGGCAUGAUUGUUAA